CUGCGCCAUCAGUGUUUGUAGGUUGUUGGAAGACACGACAUUAAGCAAGUUUUAUAUAAGACAGUCCACGCAGGAAGAUGGACGUUGAACAACAGGCUGUUGAAGGAAAUGGUCUUCUUGGUAUGAACACGGUGCGGGAGAGUACAGGGGAUUCUACAAAGAAGGUGCCAACUAGCACGGAGACGGAAAUUGGCAAGAUGAAAACACGGCACGCCAAAAGGAUGAUCUUCAGUGUCAGUGACGUUCCGCCCAUCCCUGCUACGCUGACACUGGCCUUCCAGCAUGUCCUUCAGUCCAUGGCAAAACUGUUAUCGGGAGCCAUUAUAUUCUCGGACCUCGUAUGUGCCUCAGAUCAAGAGGACAUCAAGACGAAGAUUCUGUCCUCAACCAUGUUAUCGACAGGGCUGGCUACAUUCUUCGUGACGACAGUUGGUUGCAGGUUACCAAUAUUUCAAGGUCCAUCCUUUACGUAUAUCAUACCUUUGGUCACCAUGGCAACUAUGUCUGAGUGGAAGUGCCCAAGUCAAGAAGACCUUAGGGGCAUCUAUGCCAAUACAUCAACGAACUACACUCUCAACCAUCGCGGGAUGAUCCCUGUUCCUGAUGACGUCAUCCUGUCCCGAAUACACACGGUAAUGGGCAGUCUGAUGCUAGCUGAAGUUAUUCACGCACUAAUUGGAGCUACGGGAUGUGCUGGUUUUCUGUUACGUUUCAUAGGACCCGUGACAAUCGUUCCCGCUAUCUCAUUGGCAGCGUUGUUUUUGUUUAAAGUGUCUCUGAAGUAUUCACAAAUGCAUUGGGGAGUUGCAUUUUUAACUAUGGCGAUUGGCGUUACACUGUCUCUCUACCUCAGACAUGUGACGAUCCCAUGUCCGUUUUGGACUCCAAACCGAGGCUUCCAUAUUAUUAGGUCCAAGUUCCACACUGUCUAUGCUGUCCUAAUAUCCAUCUUAAUUGGAUGGGGUACAUCAGCCAUCUUGACCUUGAGUGGUGCUUUGUCAUCGGAACCUGAAAGUCCCCAGUACUACGCUCGCACAGACUCACGGACAUACGUCAUCAGAGACAGUGGAUGGUUUUAUGUUCCUUAUCCUGGUCAGUUCGGCAUGUUCACAUUCAACGCUGGUGUGUUUAGCAGCUUCUUAGUGUCUUCUCUCUUGUCAAUCAUUGACUCGAUUGCUGACUACAGCGCAUGCGCACGUAUUUGUCACGUGCCUCCGCCUCCAGCGCACGCAGUCAACAGGGGCGUGGCUGUAGAGGGUGUCAUGAGCAUCAUCACGGGUGCACUGGGCAUCGGUCAUGCUACUUCAUCAUUUGGAGGCAAUAUUGGUACUAUUGGCUUGACCAAAGUUGCUAGUCGUCGUGUUAUGCAGGUUGCUGGCGUUCUGUUCAUCGUAUUUUCCGUUCUCCCCAAGAUCGGAGCAGUUUUUGUGACCGUUCCGUACCCAGUAGUGGGUGGGAUAAUGGUCGUGCUGGAUGGUCUAUUGGUGGGCGUGGCACUGUCAAAUCUACAACCGGUGGACUUGUCCUCUACCAGGAACCUUGCUAUUAUUGGAAUGUCUCUAUUUGUUGGGUUGAUGAUGCCGUACUGGGCUGAGACAACCACGACUGGACUCAAUACAGGCAAUACAAAAGCUGAUUCACUGCUGAAGGUCCUUGUGUCAAAUCCAAUGUUCAUUGGCGGGGGUCUGGCAUGCAUUCUGGACAAUACAGUUCGUGGCACACGAAAGGAACGAGGUUUGGAUUGGUGGGAGGAAGACACGGCCCACCAUCCGGGUCACGAGACGUCAACAGAGUACCCGUAUGAGGAAGGAAGUGAUGUGUACGAGCCAUUGUUCAUCCCAGAAAGCUGGAAGCGAUCAAAGUGGACCCGUUUUUUCCCUGUCAUACCAAAUUACCAUUAACAAGGUGUAACCGAAAUCUUCAUUUCAUUUCCAACAUGAAAUCUGUUGAUGAUGGAAUUCGGAAGCGCUAUCUCAUAUUUAGAAACCAAUAUAUUAAACAGUGUGUGAGUAGAGAUUGGAAUAUGUUUACUAAAGAACAUCAAUAAAACGUUAUUUUAGUCAGUAGUUAUAGUUU